AUGGCGGCCGUCCUGCUGCAGAUUCUGGAGCGGACGGAGUUGAAUAAACUAUCGAAAAAGCGUCCAGAACAACAGACCAAGACCAAGUAUGAGAUUGAGGCGGAGAAGAGGGAGCUGGAUCGGCUGCUGGAGAAGAGAACCCAAGAAGUGGAAAACCUUUCUGAGGACGUGAAGCGUCUGAAUGAGAAGCUGACAGAAACCAGCAAAGUCAAGUUGGAGCUGCAGUUAAAACUGGAUGAUAUACAGUCAUCUGAGGCGUCUGUGCAGCACCGAGAGAAGCGCAUGGAGCAGGAGAAAGAGCUGCUGGAGAAGAAGAUCGAGUGGUUAACUUCAGAGCUGAAGAAAAAAACGGAGGAAUUGUUGAACAGUAAUAGAGAGAAAGGCAAAGAGAUACUGGAGCUAAAGGGUAAUCUGAAGAACAGCAAGGAGCAGUGCCAUGGAGGAGAAUACCGCAAUGAGCUCAAUGCUCAUGUCAAGUUAUCGUCGCUCUACAAGGGGUCAGCGACAGAAAUGGAGACAAAGAACCAAGAACUGAGCAGAGCUGUGGAGGAGCUCAGCAAACUGGUUAAAAACACAGGGGAAGCUAACAAGGCUCUUGAGAAGAAGGUGUCAGAGGGAGAAGAACUCAAAGUGCGACUUGAGGCAGAGCUAAGAGAAAAAAUCAAGAAAAUGGAGAAAGAACUGGAAAAUUCCAUGAUGAAGGCGGCUAGCAAACAAUGCUGUGUCCCCUCUCUGUCUGAGGAACAGUUGAACUCUAUGUGUCCAACAGCAGCUGCCAUUGCUGCUAUCGUCAAGCCUGGCAUGAAGUUCUUUGAUCUGUACAAUGCAUACGCAGAGUGUCAGACGCAGCUUCAGCUUGAGAAACAGGAGGUCAGGAGAGUGAGCAGAGUGCUGGAUGAGAUCGUCCAGGAGGUGGAGUCCAAGGCUCCUGUUCUCAAACGUCAGCGGGAGGAGUAUGAGAGCAUGCAGAGAUCCAUGGCCUCGCUGUGUAACAAACUGGAACUGGCUCGAAGUGAGAUCUACAGUUUGCAGAAAGACAAAGAAGAGGCCAAGCAGGGCUGUGAAGCCAUGGAGAGAGACAAGUUGAGGGCAGAGAGACAGCUCGAGGACACAUCUGCACAGGUGUGUACUCUGCUGGUGGAGUUGGAGGAAGCCAGAGGUAAUCAGGUGACAAAGGAAGACGGCAGCUCAGCCAACAUUUCCAGCACCAGCGAGGUCAUCAGUUCAUGCCAGCUGACCUUCCGCAGUGUGAAUGAGCUGCAGAGUCAGAACCAAAACCUUCAGAGGAGGCUGAGGGAGCUGGAGGAGGAGAAGGACCGACAGCAGAGACAGCACACAUCUGAGCGGGUGUCAGAUUUAGAGGGAUGUGUGAGUAAGCUUCAGAAGGAGGUGGAGCAGCUGAGGGAGCAGAGGAACCAACAGAAACAACUGGCUGACUCCAACAGCAGACAGAGAGACAUGUACAAAGCCUUGCUGACGCAGAGCACCGGCUUCAGCCUGCCUCCUCAAGGUCCAGACUCUUUAUCCCACACCGCCUGCGUGAGGCCCACGGUCCCAGCUACUCGCUCUACUCCUCAAAGAGCUGCAGCUGCUGACUCAGCACAGACUGCCCAGGCUAAAGCUGCUUUAAAACAGCUGAAUGAUGCCUUCACUUCGUAUAAGAAAGAGAAGGCGGAGAAUGACAGGAUGUUGAAUGAGACAAAUGACAGACUGCAGAAUCAGCUGUCUGGACUUCGCAUAAAUCAUGCCAAGCUGAACUCUCAACUAGAGUUCAGCAAUAAGAGGCACGAGAUGCUCCAGGAGACUGUCUCUGCCUACCGCAGAGAAAUCUCUGCACUUCAGGAUAAGAAUCAAAAAAUGGCUGCAACUGCCCAGCGACACGAGCACAUCAUCCACACGAUGAGCCAGGACCUGGGACAGGCUAAAGAAAAACUCGCACUUGAAGAGGUGCGUGUAGAGAAUCUGACUAAAGAGAGAGACAUGCUAAGACAAGCCGAGAGUCGCCUCGGUCGAGAGAAGGAAGCCAUACUGACAGAGCAGCGGAACCAGAACCUUCUGCUCACCAACCUCAAGACGAUUCAGUUGACGAUGGAGCGUACUGAGACAGACACACGGCAGCGAUUAAACAGCAAGAUAGAGCAGCUGGAAGCAGAACUGGCUUCAAUGAAGAUCAGGCUGGACCAGGAAGUCGCAGAGAGACACACCCUGGGGCGCACCAUGGAUGCUAAGUUGUUAGAAGCUAAGAAACAGCUGGAGACCCAGAACACAUUGCAGCAGAAGACCAGGGAUCUUUUGCGUUCCUCUGAGCAGCAGCUUGCUGGACUGAAAGCCCAACUGUCCUCUGCUUCACCCUCUGAUGCUGUUAACACCUCGAGCAGCACAGCUACUCCAGCUUCUAAAGCGUCAAGCCUCAAAGCACCAAUGAAAGUAUGCUCUCCAGUGCCAACAGCCUCCCUGCAGGCCAGCCAAUCAGAAAAGGAGCUUGUAGACGUGAAAGGUCGUCUGCGUACUGCUGAGGAACAAAAAAGUGAACUAGCAGAGCAACUGAAGAAUGCCACUGCUUAUGUACAGCAGUACAAGGCUGUGGUACUGGCUUUGGAAGACAGUCUGAAGCAAGAAAAGGAGUCUCGCUUACCUCUGGAGAUCCGUCUGAAGGAGUAUGAGGAGGUGCAGCAGCAGCUGGAGGAGAGGAUUUCAGAAGCUGAGAAAAUGAAGCAACAGGCGCAAGAAGAGAGCAGACAAGCUGUCGAUGUGGUUGAAAAACGAGUGUUGGAGCUGCAGCGCAUUCUGAAAGCCAGCCAGGCAGAGCAGCAGGAGGCACUGGAGAGAGCUGCUGCUGCUGUCACACUGGAGCAAAAAGCCAUACAGGACAGCCUGCUGCAGACAAAGCUAGCUGGAGAAGCACAGGCUAAGUAUGAGCGGGAGCUGAUGCUUCACGCUGCUGACGUUGAAGCUUUGCAAGAGCUGAAGAACGGUUUCCAACAAGAAGCAGUGCGGAAGAGGGAGUUAGAAGAUCAACUGAACAAGUCGUCGGGUCUACUGCUGGAGAAAAGUGCAACCUGGAACACAGUGGAGAGACAGAUGAAGGUGGAUCUCGCCAACAAGAGUCGUGUCUGUGAAGACCUAAGAAAGCAGAAUGCGCUCCUGCACCAGCAGAUGGAGGAAGUGUCCACCAGGAGUCGUCAGACGCAACAACAACCGCAAUCACAGCAGCUUGACCUGUCAUUCAACGAGGAAGGGAAGACCACUGAACAGAUACUUGAAAUACUCAGGUUUGUGCGACGGGAGAAAGACAUCGCCAUCGCUCAAUUUGAGGCAACAGAGGGAGAAGCUCUUCGUCUCAAACAGCGAGUGGAACACCAGGACAGAGAAGUGAAGGAGCUUAAGGAAGCUCUGAACGCUGAGAGGGAGAAAAUGCAGGCUACAGCAAAGAUGCUGGCGCAGCAGGAGGAACAGCUGAAGAAGAUGCAGACGAUAGGUGCCCUCCAAGAAACCAACAGGCUGCUGAAAAUGGACAGAGAUAAACUGGAACAAGAGCUGAAGCAAUUUCAGGCUAAAGUUAUGAAGCUGCAGUCAGACAUUGGUCCUCUACACCACUCUAUGUCUCAGCUGUCAGAAAAAAAUGGCUCUCUGUGUGCUGAUAAGAAGAUACUAGAGGACGACCUAAAGCGUUGGAAAGCCAAAGCACAGCAACUGAUCAGUCAGCAAAAAGAUGGCAAUGAUGAGGAGAGACAGAAAUUUGCCUCUGAGAGAGAAGCUCAGCAGAGACGUAUCGCACAGCUCGCUGAGGAAACAGCCAAGCUAAAGAUUGAACUGACAAGAGCCAAUGUGAGCAGUAACUCUGCUCAGUCCCAGCUGCAAGCCUUCAGAGACUCUGUCGCCCGUCUGACGUCAGAGCGCGACUCGCUAAAGAAAGACGUGGAAACCAAAAACGGUGAUAUUCUGGAGAAGAUCAAGACUAUCAACCAGGUCAAGAAGAUUGGACGACGCUACAAGACCCAGUAUGAAGAGCUCAAAGUUCAGCAUGACACGGAAGUGACUAAAACCCAGGAGGAACUCAACAAGGCCAGAGAGGAGCUCAAUACAUUGAAAAACGAGGUUCAAAAUAAAGACGAGGAGGUCCAAAAAUCCCAGAAGGAGCUGGAGCAGGCCAAGAAGGAAAACCAGCAAGCCAAAGAAAAGUUCCAGGAGAUUCAAAACCAAUUAUCACAGAACCAGAACCAGCUGACAGAGGUUCAGUCCCAGUUGUCCCAGACCAAGACUCAACUUCAACAGAAUCAGAACCAGCUGACCCAGAGUCAGAAGGAGCUUCAGCAAAACAAGACCAGCAGCCAACAGGUACAGAACCAGUUAAAAUCAACUCAGUCUCUAGCUCAAACCCGCCUGAACCAGAUCCAGCAGCUCCAGAGGGAGCUCCAGCAGGCUAAAGAAGCUCUUCAGAAGAACCUUGCUAAUCAGAAGGAGCUACAGCAGACCCACCAAAGCAGUCAACAGAGCCACAACCAAGAAGUCAGCAACCUCAAGAGGGCCCUUUCUCAAGCAGAGAACAAGGUGUCUGAGCUUCAAGGCACUCUGGACAGCGUGCAGAAGGUCAUUGGUGACCGUGACGCAGACAUUAAGUGUCUGCAGGAGCAGCUAACAGAAGCUAACCAGGCUAAUCAAACUAUUCAAGCUACACAGGCCAACCAGAGCCAGAGCUCCCAAUCCAUCCAGGCCAACAAUGCUAACGUUGCUAGUGAGGCUAACAAGGAGCUACAGGAGGAACUGACAAAACUCAGACAAGAGCUGUCCGAGGGCAAGAACAGAGAGGAGCAGCUCGGACAGCAGAUAGCUGAACAAAAGGAGAAGACUAAGAAGGCCAUGAUGGGUGCCAAGGCAAAACUCAAUCAGCUUAUAAGUUCCAAUGAGCAGCAGAGUAAGGAGAUGGAAGAACUGAAACAAAGUAAGGAGGAAAUGGAGGUUAGAAUGAAUGCUCUCAAGUCUCAGUAUGAAGGACGAUUUCAACGGAUGGACAGAGAGUUAAGGGAACUGAGAGAGACACAAGUUCACUCUGAGCCCAAAGAGGAGCUACAGGACACCAGCGGAGCCAAGGUUGGGGACCAGCCCAGAUCUUCAGACCAGAGACCCAUAUCGUUGAAGAGUCCUGCCCAAGACAGGGGAAGCUCCAGCUCGUCUGACCCUCCAACAGCCAAUAUCCGCCCCACCCCGAGCACUCCAUCUCCUAGCAACAAGCCAAGUCCCUCCCCGGGUAGUAAGGCUACACCUCGUGCAAGUAUCCGGCCCAUGGUUACCCCGGCAACAGUCCCUGUCCCAACACCUACCGCCACUGUCAUGCCAACGACCCAGACCGACAGCCAGGAAGCGCAGAUAAGUUCAGGACCCUCUGUACACUCUACUGGCUCCAUUUCAGUGAACACACCUGUAUCACUAACUCAGCCAACCAGCACCCAGGCCACAGCUUUUGUACAGCCCACCCAGCAGCAGGCAGCCAACCAGGAUGCAGGAACCAGUAUGGAGGCUGAGCUACCAUCGACUUCCUCGUCUCAGAUUGGAACAGUUGGAUCAAAGCGAGAGAGAGAGGAGGAGGAGGAAGAGGAGGAGAAUAGAAGACCAGAGAGUUCACACACGCAUCCAUUCAAUAAAAGACUACGACUGAAACCAACAAUGAUGGAAGGAGAGCUGAGUGAAGAGGGAGAGCAACACGAUUCAACUGAUGACAAUCAGGCGCUUCCUGAACAGGGAUUUCCUGGAGUCGAUGAAGACACCGAGGAAGAAGUUGUGUCCCAAAUGGACGCCUCUCAUCAGAUGUCCUCUCAGGUCGUGUCUGUCAUGGUGAUUGACACAGACAGUGAAAGCCAUGAGAGCAGAGAAGGGGAGGAGAAGCAGGAGGAGGACGACGGGGAAGAGGAAGAUGAGGAGGAGGAGGACGACGACGAGGAAGAAGUAGAUGAGUAUGUGGAAGAAUAUGACGAUGAUGAAGAUGACGACGAUGCUUGUGACAGCGGAAUGGCGCGACAGGAGGACGCUAAGGAGGAGAGCGGGAAUGCAGAAGAGGAGGAACCAUCGGAAGCCCCAGAGGCUGAGACCAAUACAUGUGGAGCGUCUUCAGGCUCCCAGCGCCCCUCUGAGCCGUCACACAGCAGUGAAGGCAGCAACAGUACAGCAUCAGAGCCCGACCCUCAAAGAGAAACUUUACACCUCCCCCCAACCCCCUCCUCUCUCACACCCUGCCUGCACCACCAACGCAGGUCCCCACACUCCGUCCCCCCACGGCUCCAUAUUCAACCAGCCGCUCCAGAGCUGGGACCCCCACACACACAGCAGAGACAGUCAUCUCAGCUGCGCAGACCAUCAGUGGGACGCCAGCUAACACCUGGAAUAGGCAGUAUGCAACAUUUCUUUGAUGAUGACGACAGAAUGGUUCCCAGCACUCCCACUCUGGUCGUACCACACCGCACUGAUGGCUUUGCAGAGGCUAUACAUUCUCCUCAGGUCGCAGGUUUGUCGACCAGGUUCAGGUUUGGACCUCCAGAAGACCUGCUGAGUCAGACAUCAGGCUCCCACUCUGACCUGGGACAGUUGGCCUCCCAAGGAGGUCUGGGAAUGUACGAGUCUCCUCUGUUCCUGGCUGCUCAUGAUGAAGAUGGAGGAGGAAGGAGUGUCCCCACAACACCUUUACAAGUGGCUGCACCAGUGACGGUCUUCUCAGAAUCUGUGCCCUCAGACAGCGCUGACAACAUGGCAUCCCAGUCGGUUCCCAUGGUAACUGCCACUGCCGGGAUGGCUUCUGGUGGAGAUGAUGGAGAUGAGGUCUUCAUGGAGCAUGAAACAGAAAGUCCUGGUAUUGAAUCAUCUCUGGAGAGCCAAACAGACAUGGAGUCAACAGGACAGCAAAGUGAUGAUGCAUCAUUACCGUCUACUAGUCAAGAACCUGACACCAUCAUUGUUCCUCAGCGGCGCCUGCCUACCACUCUACCUCUGAUCAGAGGGAGCAGAGGAGGAAGGUUCAGCCGCAGAGGAACGAUGUAUCAUGGAGGAAGGGGAGGGGCCAUGGGCAGAGGGGGCAUGAACUAAUGAUGAUCCCCAGUCACAGCUUAGGCUUCUCAUUUCAUAAGAUUAUAAAAUGUGUUGCUUAUUUCCUUAAUUUUUAUACGUAGUGUUGAGACUUUCAAAAUAACAGUUUCUGAUUAGUUGAAGACAAUAAUCCUGCUAUGUGAGGGGUUAUAAACCCUUUGUGUUUGCAAUGCUCACAUAUCUCAUGUUAUAAUCAUGUUUUCUUUUUCUGUGUAUUAGAUCUGUCCUGGUUUUACUAUUGACAGUUUGUUCACUUCCUGUGUCUUUGAACUGGUCGUACACUUGUUUUAUUAAUAAAGUUACACAAUCUGUAAUAGGGA